CAGCUACCAAGUUGGAUGGGGGGAAAGCUCCCAGCAAAUCACCAUGCCCUGCUCAGUGAGGGAAAGGAGGAUGAGACGGAGAUUUUUGGCUACAAGACCCAUGGCUUCCGGAGGGCUGCGUGCGUUGCUGGGUACAUCCUGUCCUGCGGAGUUCUCCUCCUUGUCUUUUACUGGAAGCCGGCCUGGGACGUGUGGGCAAACUGCGUGCCAUGUGACUUGGAAGAGGCGGACGUUGUGCUGCUCAGAGCCACAGAUGAGUUUCAAAGAUACACUCGGAAGAAGGUGAUCUGGAUUGACUUGCUGAAACUUUUGGGCGCAGAAAAGCCGAGUCGCAUCUUUGGUACUGACAAGGAUUGCGUCAUAUCAAAAGCCAUAAUGAAGCCACAAAUGAGAGUGAGAUACAUCCAGGUACAAAAAAUACGCUACGUGUGGAACAUCUCAGCAAAACAGUUCCAGAGAAUUGGGUCUCUGGAGGACAGAAACACCUGUUAUGAAAUUCAUCGCAAGUUUGGUGACGGGCUGACGGCACAAGAGCGAGAUUUCCAGAGGUUGGUUUGUGGGCCUAACACCAUUGAAGUGGAAAUCCGACCCGUCUGGAAACUGCUCUUUAAAGAGAUUCUGAACCCUUUCUACGUGUUCCAAACCUUCACCCUGACCCUGUGGCUCGCCCAAGGCUACACCGAAUACUCAAUCGCCAUCAUCAUCCUGUCCGUCAUCUCCAUUGGCCUCACUGUGUAUGACCUUCGGCAGCAGUCCAUCAAGUUGCACAACCUGGUGGUGGAGCACAACAACGUGCAAGUCACAGCCUGGAUUAAACACGAAGGUGGCCGCCAGAUGGCAUCUUCUUCCCUCGUGCCUGGAGACGUCAUCCUCUUAGAAGGCCAGAAGCAUUCCUUGCCCUGCGACGCCCUCCUCCUGGAAGGCAGCUGCGUCAUCAACGAGGGGAUGCUGACAGGGGAAAGUGUCCCAGUGACCAAGACCCCCUUGCCCCACACGGAGAACACCCUCCCCUGGAAGACGCACAGCGUGGAGGACUACCGGCGGCACGUCCUCUUCUGCGGCACGGAAGUCAUCCAGACCAAGCGGAGCAGCAAAGGGCCCCCCAGAGCAGUCGUGCUGCAGACAGGCUUUAACACCGCCAAGGGAGACCUGGUGAGGUCCAUCCUCUACCCGAAGCCCCUGAACUUCAAGAUCUACAGAGAUGCCUUCAAGUUCAUCUUGGGCCUGGCCAUGAUAGGCGUGCUGGGCCUUGUCUACGCAGCUUGUGUGUAUGCUAGCAAUAAGCAACCCGUGUCGGACACUGUGGCUAUGGCUCUGCUCCUCCUGACGGUCCCCGUCCCCCCGGCCAUCCCUGCCGCCCUGACCACUGGCAUUGUUUACGCCCAGAGGAGGCUGAAAAAGAGGAGAAUUUUCUGCAUCAGCCCGCAGAGGAUCAACAUCUGCGGGCAACUCAAUCUGGUGUGCUUCGACAAGACUGGCACCCUGACGGAGGAUGGCCUGGACCUCUGGGGCACCAUCCCUUGCCAAGGCGGCAGCUUCCAGAAUGUCCACAGCUUCUCCUCCGGCUCGCCACUGCCCUGGGGGCCGCUCUGCGUCGCCAUGGCCACCUGCCACUCCCUGCUGGUUCUGGAGGGGAAGAUUCAGGGAGAUCCGCUGGACCUGAAGAUGUUUGAGGGCACCGGCUGGGAAAUGGAAGAGGCCAGUGCCGAGCCCAGUAAAACCAGCACAGCAGAUUCCUGUACAGUUAUUAAGCCGGGACCAGCCGCUUCCCAGGCCUCCGUGGAAGGAAUCGCGAUCUUGCGCCAGUUUCCUUUUUCCUCCUCUCUCCAGAGGAUGUCUGUCAUUGUGCAGGAACUCGGGAAGGGCUCCUACGACCUCUACAUGAAAGGAGCCCCGGAGAUGGUGGCCAGCUUUUGCACAGCAGAGACUGUUCCAAGGAAUUUCGUAAAGGAGCUCAAAGUCUACACAUCACAAGGCUUCCGAGUCAUUGCGCUGGCACAGAAGGCACUGGCCAUGGGCGAGGGUGCAGAUCUGGACGGCUUGGAAAGGGAGGAGGUGGAGUCUGGCCUGACCUUCCUGGGCCUUCUGGUCAUGGAGAACCGGCUGAAGAGCGAGACCAAACCCGUCCUGGAGGAACUCACGGGUGCCCGCAUCCGGAGCGUGAUGGUCACAGGUGACAAUCUGCAGACGGCCGUCACUGUUGCUAAGAACUCUGGGAUGAUUUCCAGGAGCAGCAGAGUGAUCCUCGUGGAAGCAAGUGAGCCAGAGGGAUCCAUCCCAGCAUCCAUUAGCUGGCAGCUAGUGGAAGACAUGCAUCAGCACUCUGGGGAAAGGAAAGAUCUGGGCGUUUCCAUUGAGGACACGGCUGUUCCCAGGGAGUUCCAUUUUGCCUUGAAUGGGAAGUCCUACCAGGUCCUCCUGAAACACUUCAGUGGUUUGGUGCCAAAGGUCCUUCUGAACGGGACCGUGUUUGCCAGGAUGUCUCCAGGGCAGAAGUCCAGCCUGGUGGAAGAGUUCCAGAAGCUAGAUUAUUAUGUGGGGAUGUGUGGAGACGGAGCCAAUGACUGUGGGGCUCUGAAAAUGGCCCAUGCCGGGAUUUCCCUUUCUGAGCAGGAGGCCUCGGUGGCUUCGCCCUUCACUUCCCAGACUGCCAACAUCCAGUGCGUGCCGGAACUGAUAAGAGAAGGCCGUGCCUCCCUUGUGGCCUCCUUUGCGGUGUUCAAAUAUCUGACCCUUUAUGGAUUGAUUCAGUUUGUGGGAACAUCUCUGGUUUUUUGGCAAAUCCAGAUCAUGGGAAAUUACCAGUACCUCAUCCAAGACGUCUGCAUUACCCUGGUCGUUUGCCUCACAAUGAGCUUGACCCAGGCCUAUCCCAAGCUGGCCCCCUACCGCCCGCCCGGGCAGCUCCUCUCUCCGCCGCUGCUGCUUUCCGUGGUCCUCAACGUUUGCUUCACCCUCAUCGUGCAGGUCUGUGCUUUCCUGCUCGUGAGGCAGCAGCCCUGGUACUCGGUGGUGCGCAGCCACAGAGGGUGCCCUUUAGCCAAUCAGCCCCUGUUUCCAGGCCUCAGAAAUGGGACGGCCAACUCUACUGCCCAGCACCACCGUGUCCUGAGCUAUGAGGAUGCAACUCUCUGGCCCCUGGUCACCAUCAACUGCCUCAUCGUGGCCUUUGUCUUUUCCAAGGGGAAGCCUUUCCGGAGACCGAUCUACACCAACUAUCUCUUCUGCAUUAUGCUGGCCUUGCAGCUCGGAGUCACCCUUUUCUUGUUCUUUGCCGACAUUGAGGUGAUAUACAGGGGAAUGGAGCUUCUCUGCACUCCAAUGAUCUGGAGGGUUUAUCUCCUGGUAAUGCUCUUGGCUUUGUUUGCUGUCUCCUUCUUCGUAGAGGACGCCGUCUUGCAGAACCGCCGCCUCUGGAUGCUGAUCAAGGCCGUGUUUCGCUUCCGCUCCUCCAGUCAGUAUCGAGCCUGGCAGAGGAAGCUGGCACAAGAUGUCUCCUGGCCUCCAGUGAACGGAAGAGAGUUUGCCGAGCCCAGCAAGGGGGAGGCUUACAUCAACCCCGCCUACGAAGACACUGAUGAGAAGUAG